UUUGACAUAUAAAAUUUAAGUUUGAGGUUAUGUUGUGAAUCUGAUUAGUCUCACCUCAACACUUUUUAUAUAUCAAAGAAACGUUUAAACAGAGACCAACAUGUUAUCACGAAACUGGAGGCAUCUAUGUCGCCGAUAUUCCCAAGCUGUCAACUUUAGAACUACCGAGAACUCUCCGGCUCAGCACAAUGACAAGCAAGAAGGGUUGUUUUACACAAUUAACCCUGACUUGUGCAAACAGCUCUUUGCUCAUGGUGGUUUUCCAAGAAGUUUUAUGAAGCAGACCAAGACAUUUACAGAGACAGCCAUAAUGGUUCGCCAGCCAGCUUUAGAUCUCCUAGCUUGUAUUAAAGCUAGUGAUAUGAGUCAGCCUGUCAUUAGAUAUGUACUAUAUGGUGAAAAAGGUACAGGCAAGUCUAUAACAUUGGCUCAUCUUCUGCAUUAUGCCCAUGAAGAGGGUUUUCUAAUUGUGCAUGUUCCUUGGGUUUCGGAGUGGCUCAGGCGGGUGCCCCGUCACAAGGAGAUGUCCAACUCACAAACGCAUGAGGGCUUUGUUGAUCUACCUCUGGAUGCCGCCGCCUGGCUCAUACACUUCAAGAGUCAAAACCAGACUUUACUCAAAUCUGGUGAACUAAAAACUUCAAAACAAUAUGUAUGGAGCAAACGUGAAACGACGGAGGCUGGUUCACCUCUAGCCGCGUUGGUGGAACACGGUAUCAGCCGCGUCAAAUACGCGUGUGACGUUGUCGACGCGCUCAUCGACGAGAUCAAGAUACUUUCGAAUGCCAAACAAUGCAAAACCUUUGUGGCCAUAGAUGGUUUCAACAGUUUCUUCUACCCACUAACACGACUCAACACUCCUACAAAGAGGAAAGUCAAACCUGAGGAAGUUACACUAACUACGUCAUUCAUGAAAAUAACCACAAAUGAUUGGAAUAAUGGUGCCGUUGUGGUGACAGCUGAUCAGUUAGCUUUCCCUGAUGAUCAUCAGGAAAGUUAUUUACCUAGAUAUCUACUUUACAAAAAGGGCUUUGAGCACUUGGACCCCUUUGUGCCAAUUGAAGUAGGAAGAUACAGUGACAAAGAAUUCAUAAGCUGUGUCAACUACUACAGAGACAGACUGUGGUUGCGUGGCCCCCCUGAGAUUGAAGCAGAGCUGAAGUUUACCAGUGCAAGCAAUCCUUACAGAUUUAUGGAACAGUGUGCACCUUUGUAAUAGAUAUGUAUUAAGAUUAUUAAUAUAAUGUAGUUGAUAUAUUUA